GUUUCACGUUGAUCUCGUCGUAAAAUCGAUUGAACUCUGUUCAAACAUAGACGGGACAACUUCCUGUUACGAAUUACAAACCCUGAUCAGUAAUCACGAGCGGGUUAAGCCCUUCAGCCACCGCCCAGUCUCCUCCAUAUUUCCUUCAUAUUUUUAUUGCUUCAAAUCAGCUUUUCUCUCUCUCGUUGCCUUUAACUCGCCAAUCUAAUUCUUUCUUCUCUGAAGUUCUUCUUAUAGAUAAGUUUUUCUGGAUUUCUUUCUUUGGUGCACAAGUUGACUAUUAAUGGCUAGUAGUUCUGGGAUUGAAUCCAAUAAUGGUGUUUCAAGCUCGAAAGAAGCUGAGCCUGAGACUCCGCAGAUUCCACCUUUUAGAAUGCCUACAAUGGAAGAGAUUCGUGCACAAGAAGUCUGGAACAAUUGUGCUGUUCGCAGUGUUGCAAGUGGAGUGAUGGGAGGUGGGCUUGGGUUAUUCAUGGGUCUGUUUCUAGGUGCACUGGAUAAUCCAUUAAUGCAAGAAGAGAUGACUGCAAGGGAGCAGUUCAUUUAUACUGCAAAGCAAAUGGGGCGUAGAAGUUGGAGUUCUUGUAAGGCAUUUGCAGUUAUGGGAUUGAUUUUCUCAGCUGCCGAGUGUAUUGUAGAAAAGGCACGGGCAAAACAUGAUGUUACAAAUACAGUUGUUGCAGGAUGUGUAACUGGAGGUUCAAUGUCUGCAAAGGGUGGUCCAAAAGCAGCAUGUGUUGGUUGUGCUGGAUUUGCUGCGUUCUCAGUUUUGAUAGAGAAGUUCCUAGAAAGACAUACAUGACAAGUAUCCAGCAUUCCUGCUCCAGUUUUGCAAAUGCUAGUUUAUUCGAGUUUUAUCAAGACGAGUAUGGAAUUUUCAUUUUUGUCCCAUGCUGUCAUUUUCCAUUCAAAUGAAAUUUGUCUAUGGAAGGGGGAUGUCAUUCAAAUUCGAGUCUCAUAAGACAAUUAAAUUCUUCAAUUUGCUAUACAUUCUUCAGCAACGGGUCAUUGUAUUGAGGAUAUCUGCUGUGGAUAUCCCGACCCAUAAUUUUUACUUGAAAAAGUGACAUCAAGUAAAAUAUUGUCAUUUUUACAGGUGGUUAAUAAUAAUUCAAGUGUAAAGCCUAAACCGUUUCACAGGUGGUUAAUAAUAACCAAGAUAGUCAUAAAUUCUUAAAAUAAGAUUUCAGAUUUGUAGAUGAUUGUGGUUGUAUUAUAUCUUUAGAUGCAUUAGAGUUGCAACGUGAAGAUGGAUGCUGUAGUUUAGUUUCUAGAAACAUACUGGAGUAGCUAAGUUAAUAUUUUUCCAUUUUC